CCAAAAUUCCAGCGAAAAGUUGCGAUUUUGAACGGGAGGAUCUCUAAACCCGACCCGGCUCGCCCAUACUCGUCGCUGCAAAAAGCAUAAAUUAUUCGAAGCAGAAACAUGUUUCAACCACCUGGCCAGACGAACAGGAAAAACACAAAGCCAAAGAUGAAGGUUCUUGACCCCGAUGUUGACUACUCAAAGGCGAAGAGUGUCCACAGCAUAUCCUCGUGGUGGGGUAUCGGGGGCAUCUUCCUGGUGCUCUUUGUUGGCAACAUCACGAACUACACCAACUCUCACCUACCGGACGGGUUGCGCAACGCCCAUUUGACCCACUUCCCACAGGCAUUCAUUGCGGAGCGCGCAUGGAAGGAUCUAAAGAUACUGAAUGACUUCGGUCCCAAACCGACCGGUUCGUACACGAACGAGGUGCUAGCCGUGGACUUCCUGAACCGAGAGAUCUCCUACAUCGAUCAGCUGAAAAGCCGUAAUCAGCAGCUGACCGUACACAAUCAGAUCGUGUCCGGCGGGUACGUGGGUGUCUACAUGAACAAAUCGGCGGCCAACGUAUACCGGAAUGUACAGAAUGUGGUGGUGAAGCUGGCGGGUCGCAGUGAGGAGACUACGCGCCAUGCGCUAUUACUUAACUGCCAUUUCGAUUCCGUGGCCGGCUCGCCCGGUGCCAGCGAUGACGUCGGAAGCUGCGCUGUGAUGCUGGAAAUCUUGCGCGUCCUAUCGCGCCAAUCGGAAGUGAACCGCUACUCGAUCAUCUUUCUGUUUAACGGUGCCGAAGAGACACCCCUGCAGGCAUCCCAUGGUUUCAUCACGAAGCAUCCCUGGGCAAAGGAUGUGCAAGCCUUCAUUAACCUCGAAUCGGCUGGUUCCGGUGGAAAGGAAAUGCUGUUUCAGAGUGGCCCGAAACAUCCCUGGCUCAUCGAGGCAUACGCCCGCUCGGUUCCCCAUCCGUACGCUCAGGCAGCGGCGGAAGAAAUAUUCCAAUCCGGUGUCAUCCCUUCCGAUACGGACUUUCGCGUGUUUCGCGACGUUGGCCGAAUCCCGGGAAUGGAUUUUGCCCACACGGCUAACGGGUAUCGCUACCAUACGCGAUAUGAUUCGAUCGAUUACAUUCCGCUGCCGGUGUUGCAGCGCACCGGGGACAACAUUCUUGCACUCACGAAAACGAUUGCCAAUGGUGACGAACUUGGCAGCACCGAACGGUUUGCCCAAGGCCAGAUGGUAUUCUUCGACUUUCUCGGGCUUUUCUUCGUCUCCUACUCGGCCGACGUUGGUCUCAUGAUUAAUCUGAGCGUGGUACUGCUGUCGAUCAUCAUCCCUUUCCUGUCCCUGGCACGAUCCACCAGUGGCACGCAUGGCAAACAGAUCCGGUCCGAAACGGUGACCGGAUUUUUGGCUACCUUUCUGGGAGCGGGAGCAAGCGGGCUACUGUGCUUCUUCAUUGGACUGCAACUGGACACGAUUGGGCGCUCCAUGUCUUGGUACUCUUCAACGAAUCUUAUCCUUGGCAUCUACUGCUGCCCGGCACUGCUUUGUCAGUGUUUGGUUCAUCUUUUGUGCAACCGUCUCUUCGGUAGCAAAACGACACCGUUGAGUCUCGCCUUGAAAGUUCAAGCACGGUUGAAUGGAGUGAAUCUGUUUUGGGGAAUGAUUACGCUCGGUAUCACCUUUACUGGUUAUCGGUUGGCGUACAUCUUCAUGGUAUUAAUUUUGUUCUCGCUGUGCUCCAGUACACUCAUCUCGAUGUUGGGCCUCCAGAACUCGGUCAACAAGUGGUUGCUCGUGCACGUAUUCUUUCAAAUAGGUGCGCUCGCCUGGAGCACUCAGUUCUACCACAUCCUGAUGAACAUGUUCGUACCGAUCACGGGCCGGAUCGGGUCUUCCAUUAAUCCGGACAUGAUCAUUGGCGCGAUGGCCUCGUUUGCAACCCUGUUUACCUGUAGCUUCCUCACGCCGCUGCUUUUUCUGCUGAAGAAAACGGACAAACUUAUCGCCGAACUGGUAGCCAUUACGUUGAUCGCACUAGCCCUUGCUUCCUCGACGCAUGUAGGUUUUCCUUACCGUGACGAUGCGCUGAAGGCUCCAGCUGUCCAGCGACACUACAUCACUCACACGGUGCGCAAGUUUUUCGAUUACAAUGGCGGUGAACGGUACACCGACUCCGGAUUCCUACUGCAGGAACUCGAUCGUAACGCAAAGAAAACCAUAGAGGGCAUUGCAAUGCCGGACAGCGUAACACCGAUGCGCGAGAUUCCUUCCUGCGAAAAGGAACUAUUUUGUGCCAUUCCAUUCUACUCGAUUUGGCAUCAGGUUUUGUUCGAAAACUAUUGGUUACCCGGGCUGCCACCGAUCGUUCGGCAAGCAGUGACGGUCUCGCUACGGGAGAAGGAAAAGCUGAAUGAUCACGAGCAUCGGUUGCAUCUGGUGCUGAACGGUAGUACCCAGGCGUCGCUGAUCAUUGGACCGAAAGCUGGUUCCACGCUGCGACGUUGGAGCC